AUGAUUAGUAAUGACAACUUUUGUAAUUUCUGCUGGAGAUAUAUCCCUUCCUUCUUCUGUUUCGUUAUUCACUUUCUCUCUCUAAAUUUUUUUGAUGCUUCUCUCUCUCUCCUUCUUCUCGCGCAGUCAUAUGCAAUCUUCAAUAUUCAUCACAAUUUGAGUUUUAUUCUUCAUCAAACUAAUUCGUUUUUCCCGCGGUUUAAUUUGAUUAUCGAAUUGUGUUUUCAAUUUAUUCAAGUUUUGUCUAUUUAUCGAUUAUCUUCAUCAAUAGUUUUCCAGAUUUUCAGCAAUUAUCGAAGGUUAAAUCUGCUCGGGUUUAAUUCCUUAUGGCUGAUGAAGUUGAUUUUGGUCAGAGCUUUAGUUUAUCAGUUACUCAAUCAAUUGGAAUUGUUAAUAAUGAACCAUCAAGUUCUUCUUCUGUCGGUACUCCUAGAGUUGUAACUUCAUUGAGUCUUGGUGGUACUAGAGAAGGAAUCCAAGGAUCUAAAACCUAUUGUUGGAAUGAACUUUAAAGAUCAUGAGGAAGUUUUAUCAUUUUACAAAGCUUAUGCAAUUGCUUCAGGUUUCACUUCUAAAAAAAGUACUACUACAAGAAGGAAGAAGAGUGGUGUAGUUAUGUUCCAGUAUGUUGUAUGCAACAAAGAGGGUUUUAGGGCGUCUCGUAAGCCUGUUGUGGAAGUUGUUGAAGAAAAAUCAGACAAGGCUUACACAAAGGCGGAAACUUACCCGUGUUG